AUGGAGAUAGUGGACUCGGUAGAGUCAGUAGAGUCUUCUGCCAACAUGCUGAGGAACAUCUUUGACUUUGCUGCACUGAAGGAGCUGCUGUCUGGGGAGAACCACAUCAAGAUCCGGCUAGAUGCCAUGCAUGGAGGUUGGUAAUCUAACGUGCCAGACUUCACAGCUACGACGCAACGUGUAGUUGGAGUAUAUGCAGUAUUCAGAGACACACUCGCCAGGUUCUGCAAGAUUAGGAGGUAAGAAGAAGGCUGCUCUAUUCAGAUGUACAUUACAGCAAAACCUAUACUAUAGUUAUGCUGUUUUCACGAGUGCAGAUGUUGAUAUAUAGCUUAGGUUUCAUAUAAUCUCACACAGUGCCACAGUAAAGAUGAGCAGAGCACGAUUUGUGAGAGCAGAAGCCCAGUCGAGAAUUCAGCUGUUGUAUCUCAUUAUCUGUUACAUGAUCCAGUCUUUCAGGAGAGAGGGGUUACAGAAACUGUCUGCUACAGAGGGGAUGAGGUUUCUAAACUCAAGCUGUUCCUAACCUUUUCCAGGAGCUCCCCUGUGAUAACACUGAAACCAAAGGCGGGACCCCCCUUCGCACAGGAAAGCCGGUGUCCUUAGACUGCCAAAUUGCAGAAGAUCUUGACAUUAAUGGAAUUUUAACAAGGUUCCACGUUCAUGCCUACUCCCUCUCUCCAAUAAGAAGUUCAUGCCUUUGAGCAAUCAGUCAGUCAACCCAAGGAUGUGGCCAUGUUGAACUGACUUCAAAGCUUCUGAAAAUGAAGGAUCAAAGUUAUAAUGAUGACGAGUAAUUGGAUACUCUGGUAUCUAAAAUGUGGGCUAACAGGUGCACUUGGCAAAUGUUUUCACGGGACUGGGGUCAGGGUCAAAAUCGUUAAAUAAUCCAUUAAGAAAAAGGAUACUCUUUCAAUAAAUAUUUCCUUCCAAUUCUCAAUAAUUUCUAUCAUUAUGGUUUCCCAAAUGUCUGCAUUACAGUGUCAAUCUAUCACUAUUUAACUCUCAAAUUCUUUGCCAUGUCUUCGCCAUAAUCGCCAUAACCCACUAACAGAAUCCCAUACCUUGACCCUGUUUCUCUACUCUGUCAAAGAUUGAGAUUUCCCUAAUUCUAGUCUCUUUCAACAGCCACACUAUAAAUCAGGCACUUGUCUAAUUCAAAUUCUCUAUUUCUCUAAUCCUGUCUCUUGGACCCCAUGGCACAUCAAACUGUUCAUUAUUAAACUUGACUCUAUCCCUCUUUCCAUCCCUCCCUCCCUCCUCUCUCUCUGUACCUUCUCAGUGAUGGGUCCCUAUGUUAAGGGGAUACUGUGUGAGGAGCUGGGCUCCCCUGCAGACUCCGCCAUUAACUGUGUCCUCCUGCAAGACUUUGGGGGGCAGCACCCUGACCCCAACCUCACCUAUGCAGCGGACCUGGUUGAGACCAUGAGGGGUGGCCAGUACGAUUUUGGAGCUGCCUUUGAUGGUGACCGUGUGCGUGCUAAAUCAACCAAUAAUUUUACUGUCUUCAUAAUAAUGAUAAUCAUUUGAAGUAAUCAUCUUACAUUUGUGAAUUUCUCAUUUAUAUAUAUUUUUUAACUAGAACCCCCCCCCCCCCCCCCCCCAAAAGAAAUAUCAGUAAUUUAACAGGCAAUGCUGACACAACUGCAAAUCUACUGAGAAACCUCAUCCAAGACAAUUAAGGAAAUAAUAAAUAGUCAAGCAUCCCAGACAGACUGAAGACUACUAUCACAACUUUAGGGUUAUGGGUUGGAUGCUUUGAAUUGUAUUUAGAUAAAUCACCCUGCUGCUAAACCCUCUCUCUUGUCGCCUGACCUCUAACCCCUGCCUGGUUUCCUAGGACCGUAACAUGAUCCUUGGUAAGCAUGGCUUUUUCGUCAACCCCUCGGACUCGGUGGCUGUCAUCGCUGCCAAUGUCUUCAGCAUCCCUUAUUUCCAGCACACAGGGGUGAGAGGCUACGCCCGCAGCAUGCCCACCAGCACUGCCCUGGACAAGUAAGGUCUCGGCCUGGCAUUAUCCAAUGAGAAAAUGAGCCAUUGACCAUUACUGCAUUUCAUCCUGUCUCAAUGAACGAAUGAUAAUGAACUUGAAUAUUGAAUGAUGUGUGCAGAAUGAUCAUAAACUGUAAUCAUAUAUGAUAACCAAAACAACAAAAUGACUAUAUCCCCCAUUUCUCUGUAUUUCGUAGUGUGGCCAUUUUCACUGACUUUCUCAGGGAGAUGUAGUGAGGCAGGCAAGUGCUCAAAUCUGAGUGAAACCUUGAGUUGUAUAACAUGCUGAAAAUCAAAUCAAGCUGAAAAAGAGACAUUAUGAUAUGAAAGAAAGUGUCAGAAAGUGGCAGUGUGAUUCUCUUUUACACAAUGACAGAGGGGUUGGCCUCAGAAAGAUGAAACACAUGAGCAAUGUAGCCAAAGCUUCUCAUUUAAUCUUCUGCUGUGCUGCCUUGGGCAGGUAUGACUAUGAGGAAGUCGACCUGGAAGCAGCCGUUCAGAUGAUGGAGGAUCUGGAGCUGAUGAUGCUGGAGAAGGCCUUUAUGGGCCAGAGGUUCGCUGUGGGGGAGAAGCUCUACCAGGUGGAGAAGGCAGACAACUUUGAAUACACUGAUCCCAUAGACGGGUGCAUCUGCAGAAACCAAGUGAAGAAUGGAGGCGGCUAUUUCGGCGUGGACGCAGAAUUGGUCCUGCAUGUCACUUUGGACUAAUAGGAUAUAUGAAUAAUAGCAACUUCCUUAGCUACUGUAGGAGUCCUUAAUCUUCAUCUCCUCGCUCUCUGAGGAUAAUAUUCACAGAUGGCUCCCGGAUCAUCUACAGGCUCAGUGGAACAGGGAGUAUGGACGCAACAGUUCAGGUCUAUAUUGACAGCUAUGAGAAAGACCCUGACAAGAUCUUCCAAGACCCACAGGUAAGUCUUACACCAGGCAAAAUAUGAUUCAGAGAUUAGAUCUCACUGACCAAACUGUGGUGUUUCUAAGAAUAUCAUAAUGCGCAUGUAGCUACAUACUAAGUGUAUACUGCAAAAUUAUUUAAAUACAAAAAUAUUGAUAUGCCUGUUCUGUCUUCAAAGUGUGAUUUAAGAUUAAGCAUUUUCUGUAAUACUAUCUAUAACUACUGUACAAUAAAUAGGUCGUUUUAGGUACACUACAGCAAGUGAAGUUGGGAAGUAUGUAGCCCAGGGACGGCCUGUUCAAUAGGGCGAUAUGGGCGACGCACUGCCAAACGGGAAAAGGAAGGGAUUUUUUUUCUAAUCAAUUAUAUCACGGCAACAGUAGUUAUCAGUGUUGUAAUCUAUACGUCUGAUCUGCCACAGUGCCACACUGCCACUAAAUGUCGAAUCAGGCUAAAGUCGUGCUUCAAAUGGCUCCACCCCCUUUUGGGGCGAUUUCAGUCAGAUUGAAAAUCGCCCAGAACUUCUGUCAUAGACUCCCAUGUAAAAUCUAUUUUUUUCAAAUUUCAGAGCCUUCAAUACAAUCUCAAUGGGUGUCUGUGGGCUUGCACUUACGCGCUUUCGUCACAUGAACGUAACUAAGAAAAGAGAGGGUAGCAGCGUCAAUCAAUUCACUACUACUAUCAACAUGGCUAGGCUUCAGUGCAACUCGGUUGUGUCUUUGAAAGAAUUUCCUUUUUGUCGGCGAACAAAUGAAGAUAAAUUGGCAACGAAACAAUUAGGACCUCCCAGACCAAAUUUAAUAAUUCAACAGGUUUCUACUAAAGGCGGAAAGUCCUACACCCGAGGAUUUUCCAAAAAUUGGUACGAACGAAAAAAGACAUUGCCACUCACUCAACUGGAUGACGAGGGAUACAGGCUAGCUGUCCGCCGCCACAACGAUGAGGUUAGUGUUGAUAAUCACAAGUUUACUGGAUGUGGAUAUGGUGUAAUAAAGGCAGUUUAUUCAGAGGUAAAUAUAUCUGGAAUCGCGUUCACGGACCCGUUCGUCAAACUCUUAAAAAUGAACUUGGGCUGGGAAUUGCCAGGAACCUCACGAUAAGAUAUAUGCAUCAGCAUUGCGAGUCUCAUGAUUCUAUACGUAUUGCGAUUCGAUACUGUGAUUUUAUUGCGCACCAUAUGUCUGUUGCAGAGGGAUCAGAAAGCCAUGAGAACGAGUUUUGAUCAGUCAUGGAAAUAAAAGUGCUGAAAACAAAUUGGCUCCCAAUGUGAAAAGAUUGAGAACAAGCUAUGAAGGAACAAUAAUGGUGUUUUGGUGCAGGUACAGCCAACUAGCGCUAAAAUAUUGCGAUAUUGUCAAUACAGUAUAUCGUAAAGUAUCACUAUGUAACUCGAUUUCUUUCACCCCAAUCCCUCAAAUUAACGGUAAAUAACUGAAUUGUUUGCCCCACAUUUAACUAAGAUGAUUAGCUAGCCAGCUAAAAUGUUUUAGUUAGUUAGCAGUCGCAUCUACAAUAGUUUACUGUCAAUAACAUGUCUCCAAAAAUGACGUGGUGUCUCCAAUUGUGUUGACAUUUUACAAUUGCAAUGCGCAUCCAUGAGUAUCCACUUUCUGUAGCUCAGCUGGUAGAGCAUGGUGCUUGUAACGCCAAGGUAGUGGGUUCGAUCCCCGGGACCACCCAUACACAAAAAUGUAUGCACGCAUGACUGUAAGUCGCUUUGGAUAAAAGCGUCUGCUAAAUGGCAUAUUAUUAUUAUUAUUAUUAUUAUUAUUAUUAUUAUUAUUAUUAUUAUUAUUAUUAUUAUCUGAAGAGAGCCCCGAAACAUUGUGUGCAGACAUUUUAUGCAAUAAAUGAAGUAGGUUCAAUCUAGUAGUUCUGAUCUUCUGAUUGGUCCUGAUGAGUUGGGCGAGGUCCCCUGCAGGCUACUGUCACUGUUGCAUUGGCUCUGAGUCGGGUUCUCUGUCUUCAAAUGUUCAGCCUAAGAGAGGGGAUUUUUGUGUGUGUGUGUGUGUGUGUGUGUUUAACAGUGAUGAUGUGUGUGUGUGUGUUUAACAGUGAUGAUGUGUGUGUGUGUGUGUGUUUGUGUGUGUGUGUGUCCUCAGAGCAAGAACUCGUGAGUUGGAAGAACUGAGAGGCCUAUGGCGUGGGUGUUGUCCUUGGCCACCUGCUGACAAGGCUGACAAGAUAGGACCCUUUUGUCCAUUGUUAUUGGAUAGGAACAGAACUUAUAACCAGCUCCUGACCUAAAUAGAUCUUAGCACAACAUUUUACUCAACAUAUCAUAUUCCAUAUUCACUAUAACAAAUAUAUUUACUACGACAUUAGCAAGAACCGCCACAUCCUCAGCCGGCUAAUCCAGUGUGUGAAGUUUUGCGGAGUGUUUGAGUUAGCUUUGCGAGGCAAAGAUGAAACUGAGGGCUCCACCAACCCUGGUAAGCCAACACUUUUGAGAUCAGUCAAUAAAUGCUUCUGGUAUUGACUUAUAUGCUGCCCCUGUCUUCAUGUUGUUGCUGGACAUAUAUUUUUUUAAAUGUGUGUAGGUCACCUAAAUCAUCAGAAAAAUUGCCCCUCCUGAGAAUUUUUUCAGGAGCCGCCACUGAUGUAGCCUAGGCUUAUUUGUUGGCUGUCUGGCUCCAUCCAAAGCAGUUCUUCCCGCCAAAUUGGCCGACAUCAUGUUGCUUGACAACAGCUUCGAAACAUUACAUCACCUUGCUCCCUUGUUCCCUUAUAAAGAAUGUGUUCAAGUGUGUGUUUAGCUCCAAUGCAAUAUUUAAUGGAAAGCAUGCAUUUUUUGUAUGAAAUAUUGCCACAUACAAGUUGUGUAGCAACUGUUGCUGCGAAAACAAUACCUCAAACUGCAGACAGCAGAUCUAAUAGUGAGUUUUUCUAAAUUUGUUUACAGCCAUGUUUUAUGUAUCCAUCAUAUCUUCAGAUAUUAGGUCAUCCUACCUGUGUGUGCUUGUAAAAAUGUUUUCACAGAAACAAGAGGCCAAGCCAGUGAGUGACAACCUGCGUGAAUGGGAGGCUAAAGUGGAGGGACUGAAGGACACCUUGUGGGAAGGUGUGAUAUGGCCAUGGAGUGUUCAGAGCAUCCCCAAAAAGUAUAUUGUUGAUGAUGAUGAUGAUGAUGAUGAUGAUCAGCUACUGAUGAUGAUGAUUAUAUGGUGUCUACAUUUAGGACUUGUUGUCUGAACUACCAAAAUAAAUUUAGUUUUAGAAUCUUUCUGUUCUAUAAGGUGUUGUAAUUUAGUGAGGCUUACAAUUCUGUCCCCCCAACUGUUAAGUUCAACACCAUCCCAUUCCACACCAAUGGUGAGUUGCCAGCAAUAUUUAUUGCCAUAAUAGUGUCAUAAAAAGGAAAUGGUUUCCCUGUUUGUUUUGGUUGAAAUGGACAAGGACACAGGUAGGCCAUGUAUCCCCUGCCUGGACAGCGAGUGGAACCCCGGCAUCGCAAUUAGCAGCAUUCUACUCAGCAUCCAGGUAAUACAGUACUGCACAUUUUUAAAUACAAUAAAGUCACCAGAUAGCUAGGGUUGGAAAUUUGCAGGAUAAUAUUCAUUUCCUUACAGUGUUUUUGUCUGCAUAUUUAAUCAAUAAAACUGCAGUUAGUUACAUUUUGCUAGUGCAAUUCCACUAGUGUUUCUCUUGCAAAUCACUUCUGGUGCCUUGAGAAAAGUCAGCCUCCGCAGAUUUGUCUGUCCCUAAUAACAUGUAGAAGUUUUUACUAACAGCAGUAAGUAUAUAAAAAGCACUUCUAUUUACAGUGUUCAUAGAACUAUAGUAUCCACUCUGAUGUGGCGCAGUGGUCUAAGGCACUGCAUCGCAGUGCUAGCUGUGCCACUAGAGAUCCUGGUUCGAAUCCAGGCUCUGUCGUAGCCGGCCGCGACCGGGAGACCCAUGGGGCGGCGCACAAUUGGUCCAGGGUAGGGGAGGGAAUGGCCGGCAGGGAUGUAGCUCAGUUGGUAGAGCAUGGCGUUUGCAACGCCAGGGUUGUGGGUUCGAUUCCCACGUGGGGCCAAUUAUUUAAAAUAAUGUAUGCACUCACUAACUGUAAGUCGCUCUGGAUAAGAGCGUCUGCUAAAUGACUAAAAUGUAAUGUAAAUGAUGUUGGUCUCCUCUCCUAUGUCCCCUCCAAACCAUGCUGUCCAACCCAGUCCUGGCUGGAGCGGUGAACCCAGAGGCUGCUGACAUGCUCUGAUCCAGCCCCUCUGCAUAGUGCUGGACUGUCAGGGCCAGCUGGGAGCUGGAGAGUGAGUUAGCACCACAGUAUCAGGAUUACAAAUGAAAAAUAUUGGUUACAUUGGGCUACGUUCCAGCGAAGCUAAUGCUAUCAUUAGUAUCAUCUUUAAUAAUACCUUAAGACACAAACUGGCGGCAACAUGUUUUAUUUAUUUUAUAAAUGCUUAUUUAUUGGUUAGAGAGAAACAUUGGGGCUUAAACCCCAGAACUGCUCCCAUCAGAAAGCUGACCCACUGGGCACAGACAUCAAUUCAACAUCUAUUCUACGUUGGUUCAAUGUAAUUUAAUUGAAACAUAGGGAAGAGCGGGAAGCCACUAAAAGUAUUGUAGUUAUAAGCAGGGGUUGGAAGCAAAAUUAUUUCCAAUCGUUUCAGUCUGAACAGAACCAUUACUUUUUUGGUUCCGUUCCACCGUUCCGACCAGAGUUUUCAAGAGCUAGACCAGAGCUAGCUAGCUAGCUAGCUAACAACCUUGUGUGUGCAGAGCGGCACAAAAAUAAAAACACGUCUUACCUUUUUGUUGUUAAUAAAUCCAACGUGAAAUGUGAUAACUAUAGUCUCCUUAACUAGCAUUGAAAAAGUUAAUCCAUUCUUCUCUUAUUAAAAUUCUCUCUCCCUAAUUUUUGAAUCAUGCUUGUCAGUAGCUACAGUAGACUAUGCUCCGGAGGGAGGGGGAGGGCAGGUAGCUUACACACACAUACUGGCAAAGGUUUUCUGCUGGCAAGCAGGCAGAUAUUGGAAUAAGUAUCUGAGUGACAAAGUGAGGGCUUUGCAUAGGCACUUUGUUGCGUUUUUGCCAUAACAUAAAAUAACGUUAUUAACCCGUUCCCAUGCUUUUAAAAUAAUUGUGGUACAGGCUUACUCCUACGCUUUGCAAAUUGCGGUAUUCCCAGGUAGUGAAUCUGAAGUAGUAGACUCCUCACACUGGUGCUUCUAAGAGACCUGUAAUUUGGUUGUAAGCUGUGCCAAUGUUGGUGAUGACUCUGUUGUAGUAGAUCAGUUGGGUUUCAGUAAUGAAUGGUCCUACAAUUCCUGAAUCAAUCAAACCAACAGAGAAGGCCACCUUUGGUCUGUCUGUUCUCCCUCUUCAGCUCCUCUACCUCCCUCUCACUGGCUGUCACUCUGGCCUCCAUUGGCUGACAGUUCAGCUGCGUUCUCUGUCUUCAGCUCCUUCACUUCCUUCUUGGUGAAUCGAAGCUCAAAUCGUUGGUCCUCUGCCUGGUCCUCACUGUCCUUCAGUCUGGCCUCCAUGUCCCUCAGCUUAGUCUUGGUGAAACUCAGCUCCAUCUUCUGUUUCACUACCAUGUCUCUCAUCUCCUUCAGAUCUCAGGGGUAGGGGGGAUCUGGCCACACAUCUGUUUGUGGGUCGUCUCUGCAGCUUCAGUCUCUUGGAUCACGAUCAAACUCUCUCUGACCCCUCCAUGCUCUCCCUGAGCCCAAUCCCCAGACAGACAGAGCAGCAACACCAACUCCAGCUCAUUCUGAAAUUAGGCCUCAGUCGCCUUUUCUUUAUACACACUCACAAUGUCGUGAGCCAAUGCAUGAGAAUUUAACAUAUGUUUCUGAUGUGUAACACUGGGUGUUUCAUUUUGCACCAUGGGGUAGGCUACUUGAGAUUCCAUUUGGGACAGAGUUUAUUUGAAUGCUCCCAAGUUGAGAAUGCUAUAGCAACAAUUAGCUGAGGAGAUAUAAACAACACAUUCUUUAUUUGGGGGGUUAUUGGGGUGAAAAUUAUGUUGGUUGCUUCACUGUCAGUCCUCAAAGAAGACAUUUAA